UUAAAUAAUAAGCCAGAUUAUGUAUCUUUUUAUGUAUUUCAUCAAGUAAAUCAAGAGUAAAUAGCAAAUUUGUGUAGCUGUCCAAACGGGCCUAUAGUUAUUUCGACUACUGUAGUUAGUAGACUAUUCAGUUUUAACAAGGCAAAGUCGGUUUCCAGCACCACACUCCAAAAAUAAAAUAAAGAAAAUCAUAAAAAAAUAUCACUAGGCCAGCGUGACUAGGCCUAAAACCCUUUCUUUAUUGAAAGGAGACCCCCUGCCCCAGCAGUGGGGACAUGAUUGGUCGUUAAAAGUUACUUCAUCAAAGACAGUAACAGUAUAUUCCUGCAAACGUAGGUCUAGGUAAAGUACCUACUCAAGCACCGUGCAUGGAAGGUCUAGUAGGUACCGUAAACAUUAGAUCCAUCAAUGCGUAUGAAUACCAAAUCACCUUUAUAGUUUGAGAGUUUCAUGUGGGAUGAAUUCCAGAUUUGAGUUCAUACAUAAACAGACGCAUAAUGCAGUUUGAUUACAUGACCCUGCCGAUGCCGUCGUCGCUACUGCCGUGUGAAUCAUCAGUUAUUCUUGAGUUAUUCCACGACUCUAGUCGCGUCAAAGUGUCCUCACGAUUUUAAUUGCUGAAACAUGAUGCGGAAGCUACUGUUUAGAAAUUCGCCGACAGACCUAGUAAGAUGCAAGUCUAUAACAUUAUAUGGGGACGACAUCUCACCGCCAGUGCGCUUUGUUCAGAUGACGGCCGAUCUGCUCGGGAUCCAGUAUAAAUUCAAGAAGGUUGACCUUUUCAAACAGGAAAACAAACAAGAUUUUUUCAAGAAGGUAAACCCUCUCCAGAAAGUGCCAGCCCUCAAAGUCGGUGACACUGUGAUCACUGACAGCCAUGCGAUAGCCAUGUUCCUGUGUGAGAACAGCGAUGGCCAGACAUUGUACCCCGACGACCCCAUCAUCAGGCCCAUAGUCCAGCAAAUGAUGUUUUUCAACAGCUCUACUUUGUUCAAUAUUGAUAGCACUAUCUAUAGCAAUUUCUUCGCUGGAUCUGAGUCAAUAGAUGCGAACUUAGUCAAGGAUUGGACAUUGGCGCUGGACUAUUUAGAAUAUCAACUUCGUAAACACGAAUGGCUGGCCUACGACAAGAUGUCGUUGUGCGACCUAUGCUGCGGCGCCACAGUUAGCACUCUGCAGCUAUUGAUACCUCCGACUGAAAAACACAAGAAAGUCAAUCGCUGGAUCAAAAGACUUGAAGAAAUACCCUGUCACAGUAUAAAUAAAAUUGGAUUGGAUAGAUUACAAUUUUUUAUAGAUCAAAUAAAAGAUGUAGCACACUGACA